CGUUUUAUGAAUAGCUCCAGCCACUGCCACAUGUUUUUUUUCAGGCAAAUUUCAAUUUUUUUAUUUUUUAUUUAUGAAAAAAAACAAAAUAAAUAAAAAUGGUUAAAUUAGAUGUAUCAUUACUUCGUUAUCUUGAUAAAGAAGAUUUUCGUGUACUCACAGCCAUCGAAAUGGGCAUGAGAAAUCAUGAACUUGUUCCUCGAAGUCUUGUUUAUUCUAUUUCGGGAAUACAAAAUGGAUCUGUUUCAAAAAUUCUUAUGAAUUUGUCCAAAAAUCAAUUACUUUCAUAUGAACGUGGUAAACGAUUUGAUGGUUAUCGUUUAACAUAUCGUGGUUAUGAUUAUCUUGCAUUGAAUGUACUUCGCAGUAGAGGUGUAAUCAGUUCGAUUGGUCAACAAAUAGGCGUUGGAAAAGAAUCUGAUGUUUAUAUUUGUUCUAACGAUGAUGGUCGACAAUUUGCAAUCAAAUUCCAUCGAUUAGGUCGUACAUGUUUUCGAAGGGUAUCAGAGAAACGUAAUUAUUAUCAACGACGUGGUCAAAGUCACAAAACAGCCAGUUGGAUUUAUCUAUCUCGUUUGGCAGCAACACGUGAAUUUGCUUUCAUGAAACUAUUAUACGAACAAAAACUUUUACCCGUACCGGAACCAAUUGAUAUGAAUCGACAUUGUAUUGUUAUGGAAUUGAUAGACGGUAUUAUAUUGAAUCAAAUUUAUUUAGAUAAUGAUAAUGAACAACAACAAAUCGAAUUAUUAUAUGAAAAAUUAAUGUCAUUAAUGAUGAAAUUGACCAACGAAUUUGGUGUAGUUCACGGUGAUUUUAAUGAAUUUAACAUAAUGAUACGAAAGAAUAAAGACGAACCAUUGGAUCCGAUUCUAAUCGAUUUUCCACAAAUGAUUUCCGUUCACCAUGAAUUAGCGCAAGAAUAUUUCGAUCGUGACCGCGAUUGUAUUGUUGAUUUUUUUGCUAAACGUUUUCAUUAUGAAUCAGAAUCGAUACCGGUAUUUGAGCCAUUUGAUCAGAUCACUACAACCGACCUUCAGCAACUGGCUGAUGCAUUUGAUAGCGCAAAUGAAAAAACAUUAGAUUCUGUUCAUAUGCCAAAAAUAACUGAAGACGCCAAAAGUUCAUCAAUGGAGGAUGGAAAAAGUGAACUACUUUCAAAAUUUUUAAAUAGUUUAUGUUCUACUAACAAUGAGGAUAACAUCGAUCAUAAUGAUUAUAAAUCUACCACAAUCGAUGAUGGUAAUGCCACAUCAAAUUCAUAUUAUAGCUCAAAGAAUAAUCAAGAUAUUAAUGAAGAAAUAAAAAUUCUUGAUGAAAGAUUGGCAAAAUUGGCUCCAACAUCAAUGAAAGAAAAAAACGCCGAUGAUUUCGAUGAAAAUGCAGAUGUAGAGAUUUCAAACACAUUAAAUCAUAAUGAUCAGGAUGAUGUUUAUUCAACGACAUCAAGUACAUUUAAUCCACAAAUGAUCAAAUCCCGUUUAUUAAAAGAACAACGUAAACGUGAAACAAAACAACGAAUUAAAAUAGCUGGCAAUGUAAAAAAGAAUGUAAAAGGCGAUUCUAAUGCUCUAAGGCGACGUAAACGUGAUGAUUAUCAAUCUGCCAAAGAGGAUUGGCAUGCAUUUAAGGAUAGUGUAAUCGAUGGGUAAAUUUGAAUAUAUAUUUUUUAUUUUGAAUAAAAAUUUGUGCUUUCUUAAGAAUU